UUGAAAUCUUCAUUUUCGUUCUCUUGUCAUUGAGAAAUUUCAAAACCAUGGGUUUCCGGUUGCGUGGUAUUCUACAUGUUAAGAAAAAUCUUCUUCAGUCUUUACCAACUUCAAACCAAGUACAUUCAAAGGCCUUAGAUGUCCCUAAAGGCUAUUUUGCAGUCUAUGUUGGGGAGAGCCAGAAGAAGAGGUUUGUCAUUCCAGUGUCAUACUUGAACCACCCUUCUUUCCAAGAUUUGUUAAGUCAAGCUGAAGAAGAAUUUGGAUAUGAUCAUCCAAUGGGUGGUAUCACGAUCCCCUGCAACGAAGACACCUUUCUUGAUCUCACCUCUCAGUUUGGUCUAUGAGUUGAGGCUGACAUAUAAACACAAUUUUGACCUUAAGGAGCAAUUUUUGGAUCUAACUUUGCAAGUAAAGCAGGAGAAUGAAGAUUGAAGAGAUCGUUAUCUCUGGAUGAAGAAAGGGCUUGGGUUUAUCAUGCGUUACUAAUGACAUCUCACAUCCCUUGAUUGAAGACACCUUGGCUAAUUGAUGGGCUAGAACUUCCAAAUCGCUUGUGUGCUGAGGAGAAAAUAGCAAUAUUGUUUAGUGUCAAACCAUGUACUUAGUUGUUCAACAAAAACUCAAACACGUUAUAAGAUGAUAUUUACUAUUCUGAUUCAUAAUUAAUUUCAUUUUUAUCUUAUG